AUGGCGCAAAACAUGACCGACGCUGAGCUCGACCGCGACUGGGUUCCCAACGGUCGCCGCCCGCAAUCUACUAUUGCCCGCUCUUUCUCCGCGGAGCUCAUGGACAUUUUCCGCAUCGAAAACAGUGUUGCCGACCUCGACGAGAAGGUUGUCCAGCGCAAGCAAACCGUUCAGACUCAGACUAACGAACUUGAGGCCCUCGAGCGUCGCAUUCGCGAAAUGGAGGAACGCCUGAAGAGCAACGGCCCUGCCCAGAAGCCUGCCGAGCGCCAAGCCGCCCAUGAUGCGGUAGCAGCCCUGUCCAAGGAGGCCGAGAAGGUCAGAUCACGACCAGGUACGGCGCGCCAGAACCAGCCUCAUGCCCCGUCGUCGGCGAACAUGCCGCCUACACCCACUGCCAGCGAAGGUGAAUACGAAUUUGUCGGCAAGGAUGACCUUGACGACGACCCUCCCCGACACUGA